GCCCCAGAUAUUGAAGAUCCCUCGACCGUGCUGCAACCCGUUAUAACGUUACCCAUAGAGACACUCCGAAAAGUCUACACGAUUGACAACCCACCCCCUCCACCCGAUAGUGUACACCCACCCUCAGUACGAACACCCGCCGCAUCCACUGCAACACAAAUAAACGAGAACUGUGACAAUCUAAUAAGCGGACAACACGACAACAAGAAAUCAGACCCAAUUGACGGUUGGACCGCAUUACUCGCACGCACACCAUUGCCUCCUGGCGGAUGGUUCAAUGCGCCGGCGCGUGUGGGAGAGGUAGACGAGACCUUAGUACCGAACAUCAUGUUUGAUAUAGAUGAGAUGCCGCCCGCGCUUAUGAACG